GCUCCUCACACAGGCGGAUCAGCAGCCACUCUAGCGGGUGAUGCUGGUUACUGUCGGGAGUUAAAGAGCUCGGGUCCCGCACGAUUCGCUCAGAAUCACAAAGUUUAUCGGACUGUGCGUUGCGGGACGGAGAGCAGCCGCCGCAGCGAGGAGCUCAGAGUUUUGGUCAUGGCAAAGAAGUCAACUCUGGGCUGGUUUGGAGUUUUUCUCUCGGUUAUUAUCGUGUGGAGUCCGGCGGACGCUCAGCAUCAUCCGAGUUUCCGCCGUCCCACCAGGACCUCUGAGCCUAUUGUGAUACCGGUCCGUGUUCCGAGGUAUUAUCUGACCCCGGAUCAGCUCAGACGGCUGCACUUCAAGCCCACCGUAGGCAUCAUCCAGCUUUCGGAGGGCCAUGAGGUGAAAUUCAACUGCUCCAUCGACAUCCCUGAUACCAGGCUUGAGGCCACCAUUGCGUGGGUGAAGAACGGCCAGGACCUGGCAGGAAACAACCAGGUGGUGAUCAACGAGCUGCAGACCAUCACAGACGGGGUCGCGACUCUCCUGUCUACUGUCAGCAUUACCCAUGUGCAGCGAGUGGAUGCUGGGGACUAUCGCUGCAUACUGAGCAUCAACACCGAAAUGAUCAAGUCUCAGCCAAUCGUCCUCGAGGUGGAAGGUCUGCCGACGUUCAUGCAUCAGCCAGAGGACAUGAACGUAACAAGGAACGCACCUUUCACGCUGACAUGUGUGGCCGUGGGACCUCCAGAUCCCGUUCAAAUCCGCUGGCUCCGCGACGGAAUAGCUGACAGCGACUUUCACAGCUCUCCCAGCAGCUACUCUGUGUCAGGUGUGGACAAGUACACUCAGUUCAGCUGUGAGGCUCACAACCAGAAGGGUGUCACCACCUCCAGAGAAGCUAAUAUCAACAUCAAAGUGCUGCCCAGCGCUGUGUUGGACGUUACUGUGAUGGAGAGGAAACCUGAUAAGUUGAUGUUGAGCUGGAGCCCUGGACAUGACGGUUUCUCUCCACUAACUCUGUGCCACAUCAGGGUCAAAGAAGUGAGUCGGAGGAGAGGGGAGGUGACGAACACCCGGUUCAUCAACGUCACAGUUCCGCCCUUCCAGUAUGAAGUCCCCGGGCUGAAGGCCAUGACGUGGUACAACUUGAGUGUUUCCUGCAGCAAUGAGGUGGGAGCCUCGCCGCUCUCCAUGUGGAUCCAGAGCAACACCACAGAGGGAGUGCCAUCGGUUUUCCCCGGAAACGUCACAGUGCAGCAGAACGAGUCGUGGCUGGUGAUCAGUUGGAAACCUCCCCCAGAUGAUAAGAUAAACGGCAUCCUGCGUGGCUAUGACGUCAUUGUCAGACAUGGCGCGCAAGUGAACACGAUCCACACAAACGCCACCGUGGCCUUUGUAGAAGUGCAGGAAUUCAACUCAACCUACAGUGUGGAGGUGGCCGCAUGCACACAGGCAGGGAGCGGCAUGGUCAGCCCACCAGUGUGGCUGUUUGUGCCAGAGAACAAAUCAGUGGUGUCCCCAUCGUCCAGCCCUGACACCGGGGUUCCAGACUCUCUCUACGUCGUGCUGGGCAUGGUGUGCGGCUUCUGUCUUCUGAUGCUUGUCCUGUCUGGGGUCAUCUGGGUCCGGAGCAGGAGCCCUGACUCUUGGCUGGGUCGGUUGAUGGGAAGUGGAGAAAAGCUGCAGCCUACUGUACAGUACAGACCCCAGAGAUCCUAUAAUCGCUCAGCUAUAGGAAUGACACUUGGGAACCUCGGCAUUAGCGCAGAGCUUCAGGCUAAACUUCAAGACGUGAUGGUCUUGAGGAGCUUGCUCUACGUAGGGAAGAUUCUUGGAGAAGGUGAAUUUGGCUCCGUGGUGGAGGGACAUCUAAGACAACCAGACGGAACAUCAGAAAAAGUUGCUGUGAAGACCAUGAAGUUGGAUAGCUUCUCUCAAAGGGAGAUCGAGGAGUUCCUGAAUGAGGCGGCCUGCAUGAAAGACUUCAACCAUCCUAAUGUCAUCAAACUGCUCGGCGUGUGCUUGGAGGGAGGCGCAGGACACUUUCCCAAGCCCAUGGUUAUCCUGCCGUUCAUGAAAUACGGAGACCUACAUAGCUUCCUGCUGCGCUCGCGCCUGGGAGAGAGUCCACUGUUCUUGCCCACUCAGACGCUCCUGAAGUUCAUGGUGGACAUUGCUUUGGGGAUGGAGUAUCUCAGUGGUCGCAACUUCCUGCAUCGUGACCUGGCGGCUCGCAACUGCAUGCUGCGUGACGACAUGACAGUGUGCGUGGCAGACUUCGGGUUAUCCAAGAAGAUCUACAGUGGAGAUUAUUACAGGCAGGGCCGGAUCGCCAAAAUGCCUGUCAAAUGGAUCGCAGUAGAGAGUCUGGCAGACAGAGUUUUUACUGUGAAGAGCGAUGUGUGGGCUUUCGGCGUCACCAUGUGGGAGAUCGCUACCCGAGGCAUGACGCCAUACCCCGGCGUCCAGAACCAUGAGAUUUAUGACUACCUUCUUGAAGGACAGAGACUGAAGCAGCCCGCAGACUGUUUGGAUGAGCUGUAUGAGAUCAUGUACAGCUGCUGGAGGGCUGAUCCACUGGACCGACCCUUCUUCCCCCAACUGCGAGAAAUGUUGGAAAAGCUCACGGAAAAGCUUCCAGAGUCCUUCAGCAGGGAGGACAUCAUCUACAUCAACACCAGCUUUCCCGAAGAGGACCCUGAUGGGGAAGCACUUCCUGCAGUACACCCUGUGUUCAGCUCGUCACCGUCCUGCAGCCACCAGGCAGCCGAAAAUUCGGUAGUGACCGCGGACAUUCAUGGGAGCCUGGAGGACGAGGAAGAGGAGGACGACGGCCGUUACGUGGUGGUGAUCUCUGCUGAUCCCUCCCUGAGAGCUCCUGCGACGGACACUCCCCUUUUGUCAAGCGACGCUUUAAGUCAAGCGAACGGAGACGCGGUAACAGAUGUGACAGGAGCGGAUCACGGCUCAAGUGACACUUCUUUCCUGCUGUGAUGAUUGGUACCUGGCAGAUCCAAACUGUAAUAAAACUGUCACCACCAGUACUAAAACCGUAUGCCUCAUUGCACUGGGAGCACCUUGACAUUUCCCCAAUAUUGACUUCCUGUAGUAUUCUUAUAGAAGCAGAUUGUGCUUUACAUGGCCAGCCUAUAUGUCAGUGUUAGAUGUGCUGUCUGUGUGUGUCAGCAUCAAGUGUGUUCAUGCACAUGUUCCAUAAGCUUGAGAUACACUGAACUGUGAAAAAGUGAUUACUGUAUUGACUUUUGUGUUGUGAUGUAAAUAUAGAAAUGUACAGAACAUUUAUAAAGUGAUCUUAUAUACCGUAAAAUA